ACACUAAAUUGGGUAACAAGGUAUGAAAGAUGACCUUUCACCCAGGCGAAUUUCACCUUUCACCCUUUGGUUCGCUUAGAAGACGUUUGCGGGAUUGUGUAAAGGUAAAAAUCAACACUGGGAGCAGGUUCAACAUGGCAGAGGCAGGUAAUGGGUCUCCCACUGCUGUUCCCCAGAACUUCUGUGAUGGGUCUCCUACUGGAGUUUUAUGGGAAAGAGACGCAAGGUUGACGGAAGACAAGCAGACAGGAACAGCAAGCAGUUCGGACAAUCAUCCAGAAACACAAACGGGAGAGAAGCCCUACAUUUUGUACAUGUGUGGUGAGUGUGGGUAUAUGGCAGCUUGGAAAUAUACCUUAUCUGCACAUAUGCGAACUCAUACCGGUGAAAAACCUUACAAGUGUAACCAGUGUGACUAUUCUGCAGCAAGGAAAUCUACUUUGGACCAACAUAUAGCCAAACACACCGGUGAAAAACCUUACAAGUGUGACCAGUGUGACUAUUCUGCAGCAAAGAAAUCUACUUUGGACCAACAUGUAACCACACACACCGGUGAGAAACCCCACUUGUGUGGUGCGUGUGGGUACAGGACGGCUUACAAGGCUAGCUUAUCCCGGCAUAUGAGAACCCACACUGGUGAAAAGCCCUACAAGUGUGACCAGUGUGACUAUUCUGCAGCAGAUAAAUUUGCAUUGGACUAUCAUAUAGCGAAACACACUGGUAACAAACCCUACAUGUGUGAAAUGUGCGGGUACAGGGCAGUUUUGAAGUCUCAGUUAUUCAAGCAUAUGAGAAUUCAUACAGAAGAAAAACCUUACAAAUGUGACCAGUGUGACUAUUCUGCUGCGACGAAAAACACUUUGGACACCCAUCUAGCAGCCAAACACACUGGAGAGAAACCCCACUUGUGUUGGGAGUGCGGGUACAGGACAACUCAAAAGUGUAACUUAUCCCGGCAUAUGAGAACCCACACUGGUGAAAAGCCCUACAAGUGUGACCUGUGUGACUAUUCUGCAGCAGAUAAAUCUGCUUUGGGCCAUCAUCUAGCAAAUCACACUGGUAACAAACCCUACAUGUGUGGGGAGUGUGGGUACAGGACAACUCUAAAGGCUAACUUAUCCCAACAUAUGAGAACUCAUACAGAAGAAAAACCUUACAAAUGUGACCAGUGCGACUAUUCUGCUGCUACGAAAAACACUUUGGGUACCCAUCUAGCAGCCAAACACACUGGAGAGAAACCCCACAUGUGUUGGGAGUGUGGGUACAGGACAACUCAAAAGUCUAACUUAUCCCGGCAUAUGAGAACUCAUACAGGAGAAAAGCCCUACAAGUGUGACCAGUGUGACUAUUCUGCUGCACAGAAAUCUGCUUUGGGCCAUCAUCUAGCAAAGCACACUGGUAACAAGCCCUUCAUGUGUGGUGAGUGUGGGUACAGGACAACUCAAAAGUCCAGCUUAUCCCGGCAUAUGAAAACUCAUACAGGAGAAAAACCCAACAAGUGUGACUAGUGUGACUAUAUUCUGCUACAUGCGUAAGUCCACCUUGAACAAACAUUUGUUUCAGUUCAGCAACUUUGAAAUAAGAUGUUGUCCGGCAUCUACCAACCCACACUGAUGAGAAACUUAAAAUGUGUUUGGAGUUCAGGUUCAGGUAGACAGAACUUACCCAGCCAUACAUACAAGCACAUGGAACAGAGAAAACGGAUGUAAAAACACAGUACUUUCAAUGAUCGUAAAAGUAAUGCAACUAAAAUCUGGAAGCGCCUCAAAACACAAUAACUUUAAAGUUGGUCAUGAACUUUGCUAUAUGGUAGUAUGAUGAGUAUACUUUGAGCUCGUAUGCAUAAGAUCAUGAUGUUUGCCAGUUUGGUGUAUCCAUGCGUGUGACCUUUACAGCUGACUGUCUUGGUGAGCCAUUUUCAGUUCCGCAUGGCCCCACAUGACCAUUUUAAAGAGGCAUAAAAAAGUUCAAAAUCGUAGCUUUUGUUUUUAGAUAUUUUGUAGGUUAUACCCUCGACUUUAACAUAUUAGUUUGCCUACCUUGUAAACUACACCCUUAAUUUCAUCUGCGUAAAUGUCAGUCACCUUGUGGUCUUUAACUAUAGAAUUCCCCAAAGGCUAAAAACUGUGUUCUGCUACCUUAAGCUAAGGUUUAACACCACAUGUACAUGUUUCUCACGCCAAUGUGAGCACAUCAUUUCACAGUUCCCAGUGCGCAUCUGCACUCAUGGUGCAUUGUGGGCCAAGGUCAAAGUGUAAAGUCCCAUAUUUGUAAACCAUUAUUUGUAGAGACGUGUUUGCAACAUUCCUGGUUGGAGCAACUGUACAGCUACUUAGUCUCUAUCAAAUACUGACAUCCUGAUAGCUGACUUUCUACUGACAUUCUACAAAACGUUUCUUCAGUGUAACAAUUGUGCAUAAACG